GCCUCCGCGGUAAACAAACGCACAACAGUGUAAACUACGCCACUACCGCCGAAACCGAGUCGCAUUACCACCAAUAUAACACCUCUACGUGGAUUACAUUCUUUUUAGAAUCCGAGAUUAGCACGGUUGCACGACGAUUACUUCAUCGCACUUACAAUCACAACUCGAUUAUACUUACGGCUCUGCGGCGCGACGUACUUAUCUCUAGGCUGAAUGUGGUUGAGCCAACGACUUGGCUUUUUAUAGGAGUAACAAAACGUUUCUAGUGUUCUGGGAAAUUUAACUAUUCAUCAUGUCGGGUCACCGUCACAACCACCUUCAUAGAAGGCAAGGCAAUAGCGGUUGGGAUGAAUUCGUCGGUGGCGUUGAGAGUAUCGCCAACGACUUCAACCCAUUCAAGCAGACGCCUACUCUACAGGCAAAGGCCGCCGAGCAAUCGACAGUUGUUAUGACCGUAUACCAAACUCUGCCAAAAACCUUCGAUGGCCCAGUUGGUGGAUAUAGAACUUUGGGUCAAGAUGAAGAUGCUUCCGAGACUAAGCCUACAGUGACACCAACCCCGGUUGUACAGGCGAAACCAACCAGUUCACCAGCAAAGGACCAAAGCACAGCGGUGGCAGCCUCGAUCGCCAAGGCAGAGAAUACAGCCUCGGCUACAAAGGGCGCUGAGAAGUCAGCUACCGAAGUCCUGCCCGGGUCAAUUAUGGGCACCUCCUCCGUUGAUGUUGGUGAGCAUUCGACACUAGCUCUCGCUACUAGCACUCCCACGACAUUUACGAAAGCGACUAAGAACGUCGAGACAUCCCAAAUUGCCGCGACGGACGCCGCAGCCACUUCCUCUCCGACGGCUACCGCCGCAGAUUCCUCAGUGCCCGACACCAGCGGCGCAGCGAAAGCUGGUAUCGCAAUUGGAGUUCUUGGCGGUGUCCUGAUGGUCGGUCUACUUAUCUGGUUCUUAUUCGCCAGGCGUAGAAAGCAGCUUGAGCAGCAGGAAAUCGAGAAUGAGAAGGCUAAUAUGAGCAAUCGCCGCGUGUCAAUUCUCUCGACCCAAACCAGCGCUACCGCACCCCAGCUUAGUCUAAGGCCUGUAACGGCCGAAUUCAUGCCCACUUUCGGCGCACGACGAUCAAGCAAGGGGGCUGCUCUCGCACUUGCAAUUGGUGGAGCAGCUUUGAAGCCUGAAAGUCCCAAUCGCUCUCUUUGGGAACGACCCGGCUCUAGCGGUGCUAACAAUCCCGAGAAUCCCUUCGGCAACAACGCGGAGCGUGCUUACACGCCCACUGAGCAGCCAUCAAAUCCAUUUGACAACCCAGAGAACGUUGUUGGUGUUGCUCAAACUACGAAUUCGCCUCCUAGAUCUUCACCAACUGCCGGUGCAGCUACUCUAGGCGCAGCCGCAGCAGGCACCGCUCUAACCCGAAAGGCUUCUACUCGAAAGGAAGCUCCUGCACCUCUCGACCUUACCGUUCUUUCUGGACCUCCCAGUCCAGCCGGCACCGAAUUCAGCGUUCAUUCUGUUGCUCCUGGUCAAUCGCCUGGCCCUUCCCGAAGCGCGGCAGCUAUUUCAGCAGCUGGCGGCCCCCCAUCGACAGCUGUUCACCGUGUCCAACUAGAUUUCAACCGGACUUUGGAGGAUGAGAUGGAUCUGAAAGCUGGUCAACUUGUCAGGCUUUUGCACGAGUAUGACGAUGGCUGGUCUCUUUGCAUCCGACUCGACCGUUCGCAGCAGGGAGUCGUCCCCAGGACUUGCUUGUCAACUCGACCCGUGAAGCCCCGUCCAGCUGGUGGACCUCCUGGAGCUCGUUCCGGCCCGCCUGUUAUCCCCAGUCCGCGUGGCCCGCGCGGUCCAGGCCCGAACUACCCUCCUGGACAAAGAGCGAUGACUCCCGGCAGCCGCCCACAGUCACCUAUGUAUCCUAUGGCUGGUCGUCCCCAAUCGCCUGCCUCUAUGCGACCUCAGUCUCCUGCAACUGGACGUAUGAGUCCACAUGGAAGCCGUCCGGCUUCUCCUUCGAAUGGUCGGAUGAGCCCGGGUCCUCAGUCCCCGGGAUCGAGACAGCAGCGAAGGAUGACCCCACCGGGACCUAGUCCGAUGAAUCCCAACGGUGGUGCUCCCCAACAACAAUACGGGGGCCCUCCUCAGGCACCCGUUGGCAGGAAACCCGUUCCAGGUCAAGCAUAUUAAGGUGUAACGUUUUGAACACCAGACAAAUCAACUUGAAUGAGGACCACAACUACUCGAUAUGAUCCUAGUUCUAUUAAGUAUCCACUCGGAUUAUAUAUGGGUAUCUCUAUCGGACUAUGGUUCAUCAAUUACGUCGAACUAUAGAUCCUCGACUUUGACGAACCUUAAUGAACUUGGGAAUGAUUUAAUCUUCUCGACACUCGCUUGCGACUCUUUGUUUUACACUUGAUACAU